UAAAGAGGAGAACAGUAUAUAAAAAAUAUAUCUCAUAUUUCAGAGAUGCAAUUCCACACCCCAAAGAAAUCGAAGAGGCCAAAAUAUUUUGGGCACAGUCCUGCUGGGUCACCUAAACCAAAGUCUUUCAACUCCAUCCGCAAUGAAAUUGAAGAGACUGCAAUUGAAUCAGUAAAUGAUAGUGACAAAAUUCUAAAGCUAGUUUCAAGAUAUGGGUUGAACAGAGUCGUUCAAAUGAAAAGUGUAAUAGGAAGCAUUCCCCUGAAUUUUCCACAUCGACUAGAAUUUGCUGUGGAUAUAUGUAUGUCCUCCACAGAUUUUCAGUGUUAUACAGAACUGGACAUUAGACAAGCACUGUGUCUGGUAGAUGAUCUGCCAAUUAUUCAGGCAUCAGUAGACAGUCUGCUGCUAAAUGCCUCCAUGAAGUUGAAGAAAUCUUUUGGGUUUUUUCUAUGCCCUAAAGUUGAGGAAUGUUUAUGUGAAGGGUGCAAUGGGAAACUUUAUGGAAGAAGAGAAGAAAUUACUGAAUGUACACUUUAUAGUUUAAAUGGACCUAUAGCUGGGCUUAAGGCUGUUCUAUUUUGCAGCAAAUGUGGAAGCAGGUAUGGUAUUGACAGUUUUAGACCUAGAAGGAAAGAUGCACAAAUAUACCCAGACCAUCUGAGCAGUGAUGUAAUACAAGCGUCUAACAAAGCAUAUUUCAGUCAGGAUACAUAUGAAUUUAUGUGUGAAUCAGGAAACCAUGGUUUUGUCUCAGCCCAAGCAUUUUCACAGAUCUAUCAGACAGUGUUCCAUGCUGACCAUACCUCAACACGAAAAUUUAUACUUGCCACAUCAUCAGAGACCAAUGUUCUUCAAGAAAAUCAAACUCAGAUUGUUGAUGGUGUUCAACUAACUACAUUUCCAGCGAUUCCUAAUGAAAUGCAUAGAGAAAUGGAAAAUGAUGUGGAAAUUUCAUCCUCUGGAUAUCGAUUGAACCCAUUUAUGUCAAGGAAAAUUGCCUCUGAGGCAUUCUUUAGUGGUGAACUUAACAAAGAAGUAAGAAGUAGAAAUAUGGAGACUGUUCUGACAUUCAAGAAUGACAGCAGUAGAGAAGAAGUGAUGAAGAAGAUUGAUGACCUAAGAAAAACUGAAUUGUACCUUCAUCCCGAAGAAGACUGUAAUCAAGUAUGUCAGAAAAGAGGAUGUAAAAACUUGAGGGUUAUUGAUUCCUGCUGGAAAUUAUGCAUCCCGCACUGUAUGCUUGCUGUACCAACUGAAGUUAAAGGAUCAUCACUGCUCACCUUUCCAAAUGUCUGCACAGAGGAACCAAUGGCUGGCUCAGUAUUUUGUCAGAAUCACUAUGAAGUUUUAGUGCGCAAUUCUGUUCCAACCGAGAAAAGAGCAUUUCUUAGAUUCAUUGGGUGCAAAGAGAACCCAACAAGUCAAGAGGACAUAAAGAGAGUGGAUGAGCGUGUUCUUCAAUUCAUGUUGGAACUGCGCGACAAGGAUAGUGCAUUGAAUGAAAUCCAGACAUCUGCUACAAUAUAUCAAGGGACUGCUGAAUUAAUUAACAAAUAUGAAGUGGAAACUCUCAAUACUAUCAGCCCUAAAACAGCAUGCAAUAAAGAUACAGGUGAAAAAGGACGAUUGAGGCAGAGAGCACGGGGACAUUUUGCAGCUGUUAGCGGUGGAGGAAAUAUUCUCUGCUUUAAUCCUAUCUACAAAAGUGAAAGUCCAAGUCAAGUAUUCAUGCUGACAGUCCAGAUGAUUUACAAUGAGAUGAAAGAUGUCCCUGAACACGAGAUUGAAGAAAAACUGAGAAAAUAUAUACUUUCAUAUGACAAUAUGUGCAAUUUAGAUAAACUGAAGGCUGCACGAGAAGACCUCCCUUUACCUGGCCACCUGGCAAAAAUGUGGACACACAUUAGAAAGAUAAUAGACAGACUCCACAUUAAGAACCACAAAGACAGACGUUGUCAAAAUGUGUAUAAUCCAGAAAAGGUUCUAGAAGAAAAUGAAAAAAAUGUAAAUACUAUGGCAGCAGAGCAACUUUUUGCUUGGAUGAGUCGCUUUAAGAAGAUUGUAAACAGUAUGACACAGACUCAUCAUCUCUUUUAUCUACAUAGAAUGUGUAUACGGAGAAACAAGUACUCUGCACUAUGUAGAAAAAGAGGAGUUGAGCCUGUGCAUCCUGGUAUUAAUUCAAAAUUGCUAUAGUAUGAAGCCCAUUAAAGGAACUCCACUGAGGUUUAAAAGCCUAAAAACAAAACAUUUGAAUUUUAUACAAAAAUGAGCUGGGGCACUUUAAACGGAAAUUUUUGCAAAGAUAGAUCAGAAAAUAUUUUGAAAUAAAUUGAAAAUCGUGCUUUUAUGGGUUUCUUAGCUCGAUUUAAGUGAAAAGUGUUAAAACGCUUUUCAUUUUGGUUUUUUUUUUUACAAUUUGAAUAAUUAUUCUGGAAAAAACGAAUACAGCCAAUGAUCUAAAAUUUUGCACAAUGAUUAGGGGUAUAAACCUACAUCAAAUAGUAUGUUUAGCUGGAAAAAAUAUUUUCAGUCUUAUCAUGUCAAAAAACCUCAGUGGAGUCCCUGUAAGUGUGGUAUUUGUGUGUGCAUAUAUAACAAACAUUACAUUUUCUUUUAAUUCCAAACAACUCUCUCUGUUUGCUAUAUGGUUGGGGUUUUUUUUCUAACAUUGGCUCCAUCAUGUCAUAAUAAUUUUUGAAUUUCACGUAAGAGAUAAAACAUAUCUAAAUUAAUGAAAAGAAAAUUUUGUCUUUUUAUGUAUUUCUAUCCAGUGAGUGUAGGACAAAAG